AUGUCGUCUGCAGGCGGCUCGCUGCAGGACCGAACUCUGAACAAAGUUGCUCUGUGCUCAGCUGUUUUCGCUGGAUUUGCAUACGUUGGAUACUCAUACGCUAAAACUGCUUUUUGUAGGAAAUUAGCGAAGAAGCCGGGAGCUUUGGAAGAUGAAGAUACAGAAGUAUCCAGAGUGGUGUUUAGGAGGCUGUCACAAACCACGCAGACAGAUGUCCUCCUGGGUAACCUAGACAUGAGUGGCACUUCCGGUAAAAUUAUCAUACGACCGAAAACUGUGCAGGAAAGAAUUCGGGAACUUAACUUAAAGGCGAGGCAGUUUGCAGAUACUUUCAUUGCAAUUCAGACAGGCAAUGGACAUGCUGGCCAUGCUGUCUCACGCAAUUCGGCAAUUCAUGAUCCAAAGAGCUUACAGUCAUCACCUUGGAAUUCACCAAGACUGCUCAGCCCUGUUGAUGUCAGACAUUUGAUAACCUCAAGAUCAACAGAAAAUCUAACCCACAUACCCCCGGAUGGAUCACCAAGCAGACCAAAAUGGAGACGUAAAAGUUUACGGAAGAAGAAGGCAGAAGAAAGUAGUGAUCCUGAUGGAAAACUCAGAAAGAAAAGAGUUGAAGCAGAAGCAUUGCAGCUUUACAAAAACACAAGAGAUGAAUUAACACAAAGACUUGAGCAUCUUAGUAGUAGAGGAAGAGUUCUAACACCAUAUGAAGCUAAAAGUUUGGUUGCUCUCCUGUACUCUGAAGAUAAAUCACUUGUAGAAAGAGCUCUUGUAACAAUUGCCAACUGUGCAGCAUUUAGUGUUAAUCUUGAUUUUUUGCGAGAGGUUGGCUGUAUUCAUCGUCUAACAACCCUCUUAGAAGAUAAUGAAGUACGAUUACCAGCUGUACAAACUCUGGGAAAUGUAGUUUUGUCUGAAGAAAAUAUACGCCAAGCCAAGGAUUGCCUUCCAAUUCUAAUGGGCUUUGUGCAGAAUAGUCAUGGUGAUGAUGCUCUACGCUUAGCUUCUCUAGUUGUUCUUACAAACAUUGCCACUAUUAGUGAGUGGCAUGAAGAUUAUUGCCCUCUGCUUCACAGACUCUACCACCUGGUUGACAGCCCCAACCCUCACAUCCAGCUUCAGAGUCUCAGAUUACUGGUCAACUUGUCAUGCAACAGAGAGAUGAUUCCUUCACUGCUUGCAGCAGAGGGUCCAAGGAAACUCAGCUCAUUAGUUGUUCCAGAAACAAAUGAGGCAAUAUUAUUGCGUGUUCUGACCCUACUAGCAACUUUAGCACAUGCUGUAAGUGAAGACAACCUGAACCCCAGUGUGGACCUACCACCGGAAGACAAAGCUGCUGCUCCUGACACCAUACACGAUGAUGCUUCCCCCACAAGCUUGCAAGGAGAAAGGUAUGCGCGAUUGUUUGGAGUGAGCAUCCGUGAUCGCUUGGUUACGCAGACUCAGGUUUUGAUGCGCAAACAUGAGGACCCAGAUAUUCAGCGGCAGGCUGGGAAACUACAUGCAGCUCUCAAAGAUUGAGUGUGAAUCACAGUUUCUUCACUUCAUGAAGUCCAUGCUCACAGAUGCCUUUGAGAUGUAUGGAUUCUUCAGACAUUCAUUUUUCAAUAUUUAGCUAACAAAAACCUAAAACAUCAAUGCUAGAUAAUUAUGUCAUCACAGUUUGUGUAAGAGAGGGUGUAAAUGUAGAAAGAAAUUUUGGAACAAGCCUUUUUUCUGCUGAAUGAAGCUUUGUCUGAAUAAGCUUGGUAACUGUUGUUUAGUUGUACUUGUGAGUAUUUCAAGCAACUCGUCGAUUGUGUACAGCAACUUUUGGCUAUUCAUGAAGCCUAGUCUAAUGGUUCUAUAUAUUCUACCUAAAGUAUAAAAUGAUAUGCUUAACAAUAAAGACUUCAUAAAAGAGAAGUAAUAGCUCCCUGUAUACUGCCUUAGCUUAAGAUGUAGAUCUUUAUAUGUCCUAUGACAACUAGAAUAAAAUGAUACGUGUCUAUAGAUAAUGGAACUGUUCAUGUGUGAAAGCAGAUAUCUACUGCUGUAUGUGUGAACUGCUUGUGCUCCCAUUUCUAUGGAUGUAUGAGUGGGAAUGAUGAUGAACAUGCUUUUUGUGGAAUAUGUGUAGACAUGUGGACCUUUAACUCUGUGUGUGUGUGUGUGUGUGUGUGUGUGUGUGUGUGUGUGUGUGUGUGUGUGU